CGUCAGUGAUGACGUCAGUGUAAGAUGGCCGUGCAGGCUGAGUUGUGUUGUUUGGACGCUUUUCCGGCGCACGUGAGCCUUUUGGACGCUUUGAUCCGGAAUUCUGACCUGGGUUUGGUGUUCCGGAAGCAGCAUCUCCUCUUCACCCCACACGGCUCCGGAAGCGCGUCCGUGGUUCUCCGCGUUCACCCAACGACCGAAGAGUACUCCAGAACCGAACCCACGACACGGGUUCGGAUUUACACCAGCCGGUUCUUCUGGCGGCUCCGGGACCUGCCACGGCUUGGGACGGUCCGGCCCGUCGACCCGGUCAGUCUGGACAGGGUGGUGGUCGGAGCCCGCAGCAAAGCCAGCCUCCGCUGGACCGGAACCGAGCAGUUCUCGGCGGGACUGCAGGAACUCUGCCGCCAGGAACCGAGUCCGCUGGUCCGGCAGGGAGACCCGCUGCUGCUGCCCCGAACCCCGGAGCUGCUAGGCCCCGAACCGCUUCAGGUGCAGCUGGACCUGCUGGUGUUGGAGUGCAGCCCGGUCACUCAGGGCAGGAUCACGGCCCACACCUCCUUCGUGGUGACUGACUGGGAUCUGUGCGACCCGCCGGCUGGACUUCCGAUCUUCAGGCCCCUCAGACUGUUUGUGUCCGACUUCGCCCACUGCGCUGACGGCCUCAGUGGGCGGAGCUCUCUUCUUGACAGCAGUAAAUUGGUGCAGUCGGGUUUCUGCGGCGUGCUGCAGGCACUGGAGUGCAGAGUGGACGUCUGUGUGGUGGACACUCAGCGUUGGUGCGAGGUCAAAGGUCCGCAAGGAACCAGUGUCGAUGUUAACAGUUCCAUCUUUGUGAGCAAACAGCUGCUUCUAAAGCUGGGACUCUUUAAUCAUGAGUGGGUGGAGCUUUCACGACCCGGUGGCUUUUCAAAGGCUCCACCGGACCACACGGACAGGCCGACGCCCACCAGUGACAGGGUGGGCGUCGUCAAAGAGCACCUGAGCUGUGUUGUGGUUGUGGACUUGAGUCCAGACCUGGACCUCAGUCCUGAUACUGGAUUCAUGUCGUCGACACUGUGGUUCAACCUGAGUGACGGGGAAUCAGUUCCAGCCAGUACCAGCACGCUGAGGAUUAAGAGGUGGAGGCAGAGUCCUCGGCGGGUCGAUGGCCAACACUCAGAGAGUUUCUGUCGUCUGGUUUCUCCGCCGUUUACCACCGAGCUUCACAUCCAGCCAGUCGUGUCGCCAUUGUACGGCACAGGUGGAAACUAUGGCGCCCUGCUGUCUGAGCACUUCAGCACACCGAGACUCGUCUCACUGGGAGACGUCUUGUCAGUCCCAGCUGGAAACCAUCCAGACCUGCUGGAGAAGAACGCCGAGGGAAUCCACAGGAGUCCGGUCCUCUUCUUCAGAGUGCAGAAGGUGUGCACAUCUGCAGAGCCAGAAGAUGAUGGGGGCGGAGCUUACCUGGCUGACAGAUGUCACACGUCACUGUACAUGGGGGCGCCCACGAGCAGCCGUGUUCCCCCCGCCUCUGUAGGCGGAGCUGACCUGUGGAGGAGCCUUUCUCCGCCGGGCCUCACGGAGACCGUGGACCACAUGAUCAGCGUCAUCAUGCCACACCUCCAUCACAGGAGUUCACUGUCGGGUUGCACCGUCCUGCUUCACGGUCCUGCAGGAAGUGGGAAGGUCACAGCGGUCAGCACUGCAGGCCAGAGGCUCCACCUCCAUCUGAUGAAGGUGGACUGCGUCACGCUGUGCGCCGACACGCCUGCAGCCUCAGAGGCCAAGCUGAUGGCGGCGUUUCAAAGAGCCGACACCCUGCGGCCCUGCAUCCUGCUAUUGAGAAACCUGCACCUCCUGUUCCAGCCUCACGGGGGAGCUGAGCAGGACGGCAGGGUGGAGGCUGCACUGCGCCGCCUUCUCAGCGGCGUCUCCACCAGUGUGGUGGUGGUGGCGACGGCCUCCAGGGCUCGGGAGCUGUCGUCGGAUGUCAUGGCAGCAUUCCUCCAUGUGGUGGCAGUAGAGAGGCCCAAUGAGCAGCAGCGCUGCGCCGUGCUCGCCGCUCUGAGCAGAGACCUUCAUCUGGGGAGAGACAUCAACCUGCAGCACAUCGCCAGACUGACCGCAGGUUUUGUUCUGGGGGAUCUGAGUGCCGUGGUGGUGGAGGCCGGCAGAGCUGCCUGCAGGAGGCUCCUCCAGAUCUGUCAGGGUCGGCAGCAGGAGGACCUGUGUUUAAGUGGAGUGACCAUCCUCAACCAGGACUUCAUCAAUGCCCUGGAGACUCUGCAAAAGUACCAAUCCCGGGCCAUCGGUGCGCCCAAGAUUCCAAAAGUGCACUGGGAGGAUGUCGGCGGUCUCCAACGGGUGAAGAAGGAGAUCCUGGACACAAUUCAGCUUCCCCUGCAGCAUCCACAGCUCCUGUCUUUGGGUCUGAACCGGACUGGAGUCCUGCUGUAUGGACCGCCCGGCACUGGAAAAACUCUGCUCGCCAAGGCUGUGGCCACAGAGUGUUCAAUGACCUUUCUUAGCGUCAAAGGUCCAGAACUCAUCAACAUGUACGUGGGUCAGAGUGAAGAGAACGUUCGAGAAGUGUUCAGCAGAGCGAUGGCUGCUGCUCCCUGUGUUGUCUUCUUCGAUGAGCUUGACUCACUUGCACCCAGCAGAGGGCGCAGUGGAGACUCUGGUGGCGUGAUGGACAGAGUCAUCUCUCAGCUUCUGGCCGAGCUCGAUGCUCUGCACUCGUCUGCUGGCAUUUUUGUGAUUGGUGCCACAAACCGUCCGGACCUGUUGGACCAGUCUCUUCUCCGGCCUGGGAGAUUUGAUAAACUGGUUUAUGUUGGAGUUAACGAGGACAGAGACUCUCAGAUACUGGUUCUUCAGGCCGUCCUCAGGAAGUUCCAUUUGGACCCUGCAGUCAACCUCCAGGAUAUUGUUGCACGUUGCCCCGCCCACAUGACAGGCGCUGACCUUUAUGCCCUCUGUUCAGAUGCCAUGACAGCCGCCAUCAAGAGGAAGAUCUCCCUCAUUGAUGAAGGCGUGGAUUCAGAGGAUUCGCUGGUCUUGCUCUCUGUUGAAGAUUUCUCAUCGGCUUUAGAAAGCUUCAAACCUUCAGUUUCAGAGCACGAACUCCUCCGAUACAAAAGCAUUCAACAGAAAUUAACAGCAACAUAAAAACUAAAAAGCAACACGGAGAACAGAAAGUCAUCUUCAGCACCACCAACAGACCACAGAGGCAGCUUGAUGAUGACAGUUACAAUGAGACUCAUGAAGACUGUUUGAGCCAGACUAUUGAUGACAACGACACUUGUGUUGACAAUGAGACUAUUGAUAACAAUGAUGUCGCUAACUGUGACAGUUACGAUGAGACGAAUGAUAGCAGAUGAUGAGACUGAUGACAGUUUCAACCAGACUAAUGAUGACAAUGAUGAGACUCAUAAUGAGAACAAGACUCGUGAUAACAAAGAUGGCUGAUAACAGCGAUGAGACUCAUGAUGACAACAAUGAGACUAUUGAUGACAAUAAGACUAAUGACGAUAUCACUGAUGAUGAUUACGAUGAGACGAAUGAUAGCGAUGACACUGAUGAAAACAGACUAUUGACGUGACUAAUGGUGAUGCAGACGAUGAGACUGAUGACAGUUUCAACCAGACUAAUGAUGACGAGACUAUUGAUGACAAUGAUGUCGCUAACGAUGACAAUUACGAUGAGAUGAAUGAUAGCACUGACACUGAUGACGACAGAGACUAUUUACAUGACUAAUGAUGACACAGACUACAAGACUGAUGACAGUUUCAACCUGACUAAUGAUGACAGUGACACUCAUGACAGCAAUAAGACACAUGACGACAACGAGAGACUAUUGAUGACAAUGAGACAGAUGAUGCCAACGAUAACUCAUGAUGACAAGACACGUGACGAGACUGAUGACAAUAAUGAUGUCAUUGACAAUGGCUGACAAUGACAGUGGCGAAUGAUAGUGAUGACACUGAUGGCGACAGACUAUUGACGUGACUGACAUUUCAAACAGACUAUUGAUGACAAUGAUGAGACUCAUGAUGAGACUAAUGAUGACGCCGAUGAUGAGGCUCAUGAUUAUGAGACUUAUGAUAACAGUGACAACAAUGAUGGCGCUGAUGAUAAUUACGAGGCAAAUGAUACCGAUGAGUGAUGACGACAGAGACAAUUGAAUAAGUGACAAGCUGAUUAAUGAUGAGAGUAAUUUUGAAAACAAGACUAACGACGGUGACAGUGACACGUCGUCAGAGUCAGAUGAUUUGUGUAUUUUACAGUGUAAAUGCUGAUUGACUAAAAUGUAAAGAUUCUGUAAAUUAAUGUGCUAAAUUUGUAAAAAAAAAAUGUAAAUUGCAGUCAUAUUUCUAUGUCAUGAUCUCAUUUUUGUAGCUGUAUAAUUGUACUGACCUCAGUGAAUCAUUGUUUCUGCUUAAAGUAAAACCUCUGGUUUUUCUCUUCCUG